AUGCAGCGCGCCCUACCAGGAGCCCGCCAACACUUAGGAGCCAUCCUGGCCAGUGCCAGCGUAGUGGUGAAGGCCCUGUGUGCGGCGGUGCUAUUCUUCUACCUGCUGUCCUUCGCCGUGGACACAGGUUGCCUGGCGGUCACCCCAGGCUAUCUCUUUCCUCCUAACUUCUGGAUCUGGACCUUGGCCACUCAUGGGCUGAUGGAGCAGCACGUGUGGGACGUAGCCAUCAGCCUGGCUACAGUGGUGGUGGCUGGGCGUUUGCUAGAGCCCCUCUGGGGGGCCUUGGAGCUGCUCAUUUUCUUCUCAGUAGUGAACGUGUCUGUAGGAUUGCUGGGGGCCUUCGCCUACCUCCUCACCUACAUGGCGUCCUUCAACUUGGUGUAUCUGUUCACUGUUCGCAUCCAUGGCACCCUAGGUUUCCUAGGUGGUGUUCUGGUGGCGCUCAAGCAAACCAUGGGAGACUGCGUGGUUCUACGAGUGCCCCAGGUGCGCGUCAGCGUGGUGCCCAUGCUGCUGCUGGCCCUGCUGCUGCUCCUGAGGCUGGCCGCACUGCUCCACAGCCCAGCACUGGCCUCCUAUGGUUUUGGGCUGCUCUCCAGUUGGGUCUAUCUUCGCUUCUACCAGCGCCACAGCCGGGGCCGAGGGGACAUGGCCGACCACUUUGCUUUUGCCACCUUCUUCCCAGAGAUCCUGCAGCCUGUGGUGGGAUUGUUGGCAAAUUUAGUGCACGGCCUCCUGGUGAAGGUAAAGAUAUGCCAGAAGACAGUGAAACGCUAUGAUGUGGGUGCCCCGUCCUCCAUCACCAUCAGUCUCCCAGGCACAGACCCUCAGGAUGCAGAGCGAAGAAGGCAACUGGCCCUGAAGGCCCUCAAUGAGCGACUGAAAAGAGUGGAGGACCAGUCUGCCUGGCCCAGUAUGGAAGAUGAUGAAGAGGAGGCCAGAGCCAAGGUGGACAGCCCCCUGUCAUCAGACAAGGUCCCCAUACUUCCAGGGAAGGGGGCUGUCCCAGAAUCUAGCCUAAUUACCUUUGAGGCAGUGACCCCAAAUCUGUAA